AUGACAGAGUCAUGGAAUGAAAAGACAGCGUUUGAAAGGUUGAUGAUUCAGAUUCAAAGUUUACAUGUUGGGGCUUGUGCGGACAUGUCGAUCACCGUGUGGUCCCAGGGAGGUCGCGAUUGCGAGUAUGAAAGUGACCAAGUCAGUACGGGAACUUCGGGAAGCAUGGCUCUCCACUUCCAGUGUCUCCACCGACGCAAGUCUGCAUCUAGUUUGCAUAGACUUCACACAGACAGAUUAAAUCCCGCAUUUUCUGAGAUUAUCGAACUCUCAGCCUCCAACUUGGAGUUCAAGGACCGUUCAGUUGACGAGGGCGAGCAGGACGACGAAGACGACUUCUCUCUUCCUGGAAAAAAAACUUCUUGCUUUUCGGACACUGGAAAUGCAUGUGAAACGGCGAGGCAAAACUUUGUGGGUGCCAUCGCUCAAGUUGGUGGCCACCGUGCAACUUUGUACUGGCCGUUUCCUUGCUCCGCGCGCUUGGCACUGGAAUUAGUGCAAAUUGCGAGUAUUGAGCAAGAGAAUGCAUGUCUUAACUACUGGACGUGCUCAGGCGAUACUUUCGCGUGCUAUUACCCUUCUGUUGCGAAUCCGGGAACGUGGAAUAGCUGCUCAUAUAGUGCAUCGGCCGAUUGGGCUCUCGCAGCUGGCCCCACCGAGAUCUGUACUGCGAAAGCGGGAGUGAACCUGAAAUGUGAACCUGGGAAUGACCCUCACGACAUUGGUGACCAAGGUUACAGCGCUUCAUACGGGUUUAUCAGUGAAACCAAUAUAUGUACUGUGUCUAUUGAUUUCUACUUUGUACGUGGGCUUGGUACAGUGACGGUUGCUGAGGCUUGA